AUGGUCGGGAUCAAAGCGGGCUCCGUGGUACCGCCGAGACGCCGCGGGUGUCGGCGGGGGACGGCGGACAGGAGGUCCCCGUCCCUCCCCACCCACGAUCACGGCACACACGCCAGCCACCGCAGGAGGGAUGGCCCUUUGGGUGUCGACUGCAUCGCGGCUUUCUUAACACCACAGGCUGAUCCUUUUUUUCUACCGGCCCUUGCAGACUACAGCAGAGUCCAGCUGCAGGGAUGCUGCAGCCAGAGCAGCCUGAACAGCAAUGGCAGUCUUCCUGGAGGGGGCAGCCUCCGAGGGGCUCCCGAGCAGCGCGUCGCCAGGUGGGCCGCCUGCUUCGAACGCCUCCUCCAGGACCCGGUGGGCGUGCGCUACUUCUCGGAAUUUCUCAAGAAAGAAUUCAGCGAGGAGAAUAUCUUGUUCUGGCAGGCCUGCGAAUACUUCAGUCAUGUCCCUGCAGCUGAUAAGAAGCAGCUGUCCCAGAGAGCCGGGGAGAUCUACAACAGCUUCCUGUCCAGCAAGGCCACGAUGCCGGUCAACAUCGACAGCCAGGCCCAGCUGGCCGACGACGUGCUCACCUCCCCGCGGCCCGACAUGUUCAAGACGCAGCAGCUACAGAUCUUCAACCUGAUGAAGUUCGACAGUUAUUCGCGCUUCCUCAAGUCCUCCCUUUACCAGGAGUGCAUGUGCGCCGAGGUGGACGGCCGGCCGCUGCCGGACCCCUACCAGAUCCCCUGCAGUCCGGCGCCCUCUAAGCACAGUGCCGGCUCCGACCGCUCCACCCUCUCCACUCCCAAAAAGGAGGCCAGCAAGCAGAGGUCGGGGAGGUCGCUGACCGAGGAGAGCAGGGAUGAGGGCGCCGACAAGAAACGCGGCAUGUUCUUCUCGUGGUCACGCAACAGGAGCUUCGGGAAGGGCCCGAAGAAGAAGGACGUCGGCGACAUUAACCUCGAUCACUGGGGCAGUAAUGGGCGGAGGGAGUCCCAGGGCUCCUUGUCGUCCGGUACCAGUCUGGAGAUGGCCACUUCCUGCUCCGCUGGCAAGAUUGAGUCUGACAAUCGUCACUCCGCGUGGGAGCGCUCCCCCAAACACUGCAGCGUGGUGCUGCCCAGCGGCUCCUGCUCCUCGCUCAGCCUCCGGCCCGGCGCCUCCAUAAGGGAAGUCCUGCAGGACCUCUGCCGGAGCAUCAGCAUCAACAUCGCUGCUGUCGACCUCUUCCUGGUGGGAGGGGAGAAGCCUUUGGUGUGGGACCAGGACUGCAUGACCCUCAGCUCUCGGGAGCUGAGGGUUGAGAAGCGGACUUGGUUUAGACUGGACCUGGUGCCCAUUAACCGCUCCGUGGGGCUUAAAGCCAAACCCACCAAGCCGGUCACCGAGGUCCUGCGUCCCGUGGUGGCCAAAUACGGCCUCCACCUCAGCGAUCUUGUGGCCAAAGUAAGCGGGGAAACUGAGCCUUUGGACCUGGGCGCCCCCAUAUCGAGCUUGGAUGGCCUGCGCGUGGUUUUGGACCGAAUCGACUCGGCUUCAGGGAAAGACAAAUCGAAGUCCUCCUCCCUAAAAAACCACCCUCCGAGCAAAAGUUUCUCUGCCACGGGAGAUGAGAGGUCAACACCAAAGGACUUCUCUGUGAGUGGACAAGACUCCGCCCUCCCAGGAGAAAAGAGAAAACAGAAAAAGAUUAAUAUAGAUGAAGCUGAAGAAUUCUUUGAGCUGCUGAGCCGGGCGCAGAGCAGCCGAGCCAACGACCAGCGCGGACUCCUGAGCAAGGAAGACCUGGUGCUUCCCGACUUCCUGCGACUCACCCCGGCUGCCACCUCCUCCUCCUCCACCUCCUCCUCCGCCCUGGCCUGCUCCACCCCAGACUCCCUCAAACAAGGCCGGGAGAACGGCGUCCCACCGCGGGGGUCCCUCACCGCCGGCCUCCGCUCAGAGAGCCUGGACUCCUCGCUCGGCUCCAGCGCCAACGGACACUCCGGCAACAGGCGGUGCCUGAUGCCCCCUCCUCGCCACUCCACCUUCGGCACCCACCUCUCGCCCAUCUGCCGGCCCCUGGACACCCGGCCGAUCCUCCGCACCGUGGAGGAGGACGCCCACGGCGACCUGACUCUGGUGGGGGAGGGCGACAUCAGCAGCCCCAACAGCACCCUGCUGCCCCCGUCCCCGAUGCCGCCCUUCGACGGCAGCCUGCCCGAGGCGAACUUCACCCCGCCGCCCCCCUGCGCCCCCCCUCAAGACGCGGGUGGAGAGGGAAAGUCACGCUCAGAGAAAGGAACCAGCCCGACCGCCGACACCGAAUCGCCCCCCGCCGCCGGCGCCAACGCUGCUCCCCGGGACGUGCCGGAAGCGAUGGACGUGGAGGGGGUUCACCUGGAGGAGGGAACGCCGGAAACCUCCCGGGGAGAGGACUCCGAGCUCAGCCUGAGCUUCCAGGGCUACGUCGCCGAGCUGCGGCAGUGCCAGAGCAAGCUGAGGAACGGCCCGUCGGUGCCCCCCCCGAGCGGCCGCGACGCGCCGGGGCGCACGGACUGCAAGACGGACCUGUACAAGGCCACGAUUGUCUAAACGGAACCCCCCCCCCCCCCUCCGCCCCCACUGCUGCACUUUUUAAACCCCGAGGCACUGUCUUUCAAAAGGGAAUGAGAUGAACGCUGGGCUGCAUGAACACCCCCCUAUAAUCUAAUCUACAUUCCGGGGAUAGAUAUUGGAAAUUUGUUACCAAUUCUGCCGUGAUAUUGUAGGAUUUUUGUACUGGUUGUGAUUUUCUUUGGACAGUGAUAUGGUUUUGUUGUGGUUUAAUAAGCAAAGGAAUUUUAUUAAGAGCCGCGAAGACCAAGGACCGUGUAAGAAGCAGGAAUAUGAAGUUUGGGGUACUUUUUAAGCAGGGCAUGCGUUUCAGAUAGGUGGUUAUCAAUGGGUUUGUAGUAAUUAUUUCCUUUCUAAUAGGCCAUCAAAAUGAAUUGAAUAGUUUACUAAAAAGUAAACGAUGUUAUAUUGUAAUAUGUAGGAGCCAAGGAAUAAACCAUUAAUGAAGCUAAUAAGUAUAAGUAGUAUUGACGUAUGAAGUUUGAUGAGGGAAUCUUGACUUAAUGUCCACCUACUGAGGCUGAGGAAGUCUGGCGCGCAUUUGAAAACUCCAGAAAAGCCAAUGAGUUUUGUGAAUCUUAAAUUGUUGACCUAUUAGAAAUAAGUGCCCACUUUUGUUGGAACACAUGCGAGACAGGACUCUGUUUUUAAGGAUGAAAAGGGAGGCAAAUCACAGUUUUAAUGCAUAUUUAAAUAUUUCCGUUAUAUCACUCCUAUGUUUUGCAGAUAAUACAUGACGGUACCUCUGUUCCUGUGCUUCCUGCUUCCGUGAUUUUGAGGAUGUCCACGUGUUAAAUGAUUAAAAAGCUUUGAUGGCUGUAAAUUCCAA